UCUAAAUUUUGAUAUACUUUUUGUAACAAUUGGAGUACAAAUAAAAACAGAAUCACAAUCAGAAUCAGUUUUGAUAUAACUUUUGCAACUGAUUCUGCUUCUGCUUCUUUUUUAAAAGCAGAAGCACGAUCAGAAUCAGUUUUCAGAAGCUGGUACCUCCCAGCUUCUAAAAAACUGAUUCUGAGAGUAAAUGAGAGCUCCAGAAAUGCUUCUGGAAUUUCACCCAAACAUUUCAGCUUCUGCUUCUGCUCCUUCAGUUUUGAGAAUCAGAUCCAAACACCCCCUUAGUUGCCACCAGUCUCGUCCCGUAACUGCCGCAAUCGCAACCACCCUAGGUAGUGACUGUCGCCCCCGGACAGUGACUGCAGCCCCCGUUCCGCCCCCGGUCAGUGACUGCCGCCCCCGGUCAGUGACUGCCGCCCCCGUUCCGCCCCCGGUCAGUGACUGCAGCCCCCGGUCAGUGAAUGCUGCCACUACUAUCUCCAAUUGACUGCCGCCACCUCCACCGCCCGCAACAGUAACUGCCGCCCCCCGCCCAGUGACUAUCGCCGUCGCCCCUCAGUGACUACCCAUCCUGUCACUGCCCAUUACAGUGACACCACCACCACCACCCUAGUGUCGCCAUCGACAAUCACCAUCAACCAAAUCACCGCCAGUGACUCCGUUGUAGUGACCUACCGCCAGUGACUACGUUGUAGUGACCUACCGUCAGUGACCGAGUGUAGGUGAUGAUCGCAACCCAAUUGUGAUCAUCAUCUCCAGCAUCCUUGUCCAGUGACCGCUCCCUGCACUGUCUCAAUAUCCCUUGCCCCUUCUCUAGACCCCAGUCACUAACCCAGUGACUACCACCAACUCCAGUCACACAGAUCUGCCCCUAUCUCUGACUAGGGAUAUUGCCGCCUCGAUGCCGACUAUCCCACCUAGAAACCCUAGACGCCGCCCACCCCUUGCUGUAACCGAACCUUUCCCCACCACUUCCCCUGCCAAGAUCCCCGCCCACUACCCUCGUCCACGGCCCAACCCUGACUGCCUCGGCCACCCGCGCCAAUCGAAAACCCUAGCCAUCAUCCAUUGGGCGUCAAUCGCCAAUAGAAAAGGGAAGAAGAAGAAAAGCAACGAUGAUGGCACUUGAGUGAUGAGGCGACAUCGGACACCGAGUAAAAGAUGAAAUUGCGGGUGCCGAUGAGUGAGAGAUCGAUGUAGCAGUGGCGACCGCCUAUUGAGAGAUAGAGCAGUGGCGCCCGGUGGGUGGAGGUUGAGGCAACGCCGGCAACGGCCGGUGGCUGAAAGUUGAGGCUGCGGCGGAAUAGAGCGAGAGCGAAGAGCCGAUUGUAAUUUGGAGAUGACUUUA